AUGAUAACGAGCAUUCUACGAUCAUCUCUUAAACCAAAAGGAUUUUUUUCUAUUCACCCGGCGAAAAAUGUCUCGAGAUUACUUCAAUAUGCACAGACUCGGUCGUCAACUUGUCAGAAACGAUCUUUUUUUAAUCUUUCGGAUAAUCUAUCGUCGAGAAGUUCUUACACUGGAUAUAAAGUUGUAGGGUACACACAAGAACAACUCUACGAUGUUGUUUCAAAUAUCGACGAAUAUCAUAUGUUCAUUCCGUUUUGCACAAACUCCAAGGUCCUAAAGACAAAACAUUUUGACGUAAAAAAGAUACUCACGGCAGCAUUAGAAGUGAACUUUGUAGGAUUCUCGGAAACUUAUGUGUCGGAAGUAACGUGCGAAAGGCCACGUUAUGUUCAGGCGAUAGCAUCAUCCGACGCAUUAUUUCGUCAUCUAACAACCCUUUGGCAAUUUACACCCCACGAGGCAUCACCAUCGAUGCAUUGUAACCUAAACUUUAGCCUGGAAUUUGAAUUCGCUUCCCCCAUACACGCUCAAUUGGCCAAAACUUUUUUUGGUCAAGUAAGUGAUCUAAUGGUUACGGCUUUUGAAAAAAGGUGCGAAGAAAUAUACGGCCCUCCGGCACCCGAUCCACACACGUUAUCCGAUACAUUCGGUGAAUAG